AUGAGUCCCAACAAGAAAGUCACGAAGGCGUCAACCGCCACCAACCUCACCAUGGGUGAUGUCAAAUUCACCCAAGAGGAGGUGAGAACCCUGGCUGCAGCCGUCAGAUUUGGCGAAAUCCAACUCAACCCCGACGAAAUCUCGAAGAAACUCGGAAUUACUAAGAACGCCUGGGCUCUGCGCUGGCGCCGCGCAAGGUUAAAGCUUCAGAAUAUCCCGCUCGGCACCGCUGAUUCUCCUCCCGCCAACCCCGGGGCAAACCGAGGCGACAAAAUCGACACCAUGAUCAGAGAGAAUGCGGAGAUGGUCAACGAUACCGCUGAAGACUCCGAGCAGAUCGAUGAGACUGAGACCGCUUAG